GAUCCUCGCUUUUGACACGUUGACAAUGGAUGAGCCGCUACUGCUAGCGGCUCGCGAGCUCGCGCGAGGCUCUGUGGCGUCACUUCCUGCCGACUUUGAGGUCGUGGCUUCAGCCACAUCCUCGGCACAUCUAGCUGUGCUGUUGCGGUCGCGAACGGUGCAGAAUUGCGUGCGUUUGGGGGUGUUUAACACGGAACAGGGUGACAACGCGGAGAACCCGGAACUCGUCGAUAUAUUGACCAAGCCAGGCGAUUCCGAAGCUUCUGAUAGCUGUGAUGACGACUGGACAGUUGUGUGGAGUACAGACCUCAAGUUUCUCGUCGUCAGCGGUCGAGUUUCACGCGCAGAGGGCGAAUCCGAAGGCGUCAUGUGGAUAUUCACCCGUCCUGAGUGGCUAGCUCCUACUGAAGCUUCUGACGGGCAACCAUUGCUGCUACGUGUAGAUCCGGCCAAGUACCUGGCUGCAAAGCAUUGGAACCCUACGACUAGCAUCGUGAAUGUAUUCUUCCCAAUGCAGAACGGGAGUAAACUGUUCGUGCUGUCCGAGGACGGAGUUUGGCUUAGUGUGAGUGUGCAACUGGCCAAAUUGGCACUGGCUGCGAUGAACUCAUCAGCAGCAGAAGAUACUGCUGGAAUUUUUAGGAUGAAGGCGGUGAAGAAGCUUACGGAGUGGCAUGCAGGUGUCACGGCGGCGUGCUACGAUCCGGAGAGCUCUACACUCGUGGUGAGCGGAGGAGUGAGAGACCCUAGCGCGGAUCUAGUGGAGAAACAAGCGUCUUCAUUAAGUGUCUGGAAAGUUGCGGGUGACAAGGACAACAAGGACGUUGGCGAGCUGCUGGACUUCACGAUGGUCUUGAAGGGCAAGAAGCAGCAAAUCGACGAAGACAACGAGGACGAGACCGAUCUUAUCUCAACUGUUGCAGAAGAGAGUGAUGGUCUUCUGAAUAGCGUCAAGAGCACUUUAUUUGCUCCGUUAAAGAUGAUGGUUGGGGGUGAAGCCACAGAGACUCGAGUGAUACGAGGCUCUAUCCGUCACUUAGCACUGGCGCCCAAUGGAAACUUUGUGAGUAUGGUGGACGACUUUGGACGAGUGGCGAUCCGGCAAAUCGACAUUUGUGCAGAUGUGCUGAAGUGGCAAACGGUGGAAGAUGUAGCUGUCAACUCUCAGAGCAUCGCAAUGAAGCUGGUUGUGUGGCUAACGUCAGAGUUAUUGGCCAUCAUGCUCACUGACAACAGCAUCAUCUAUUCAAGAUUCAUUGCUCAGUCUGAGGACGCGGCUGUAUCCGGACCAACCAGUGACAGCGAUAACGACAGUGUGUCUUCUUCGGGGGCUUCAGGUCGCCUCGUGUGUAUCCCUGCAAGGCACUAUAGACCUGCUAUUGGUGCUGAUAUUAACGUUCGGACUCUUGUUCUUGAUGCAAAUGGAACCUCGCCGAGCGCUAAGCACAGCGCUGCGUUUACUGCAUGCGAGCUUGUCAUUGCUGGUGAUCUUUGGGCUGCGAACCAGAUCCAGAACUUGGAAGCUGAGCCCUUUAUUGAGAUGCUCAUGGACGCUCAGGACUUUGAAGACGCUCUUGCGACGGUGGCGCUUUGCGAAACACGUGGAAGUGCCAUUAACGCUGACGACAUUCAUCGUCGUAUAUGGAUGGAUUACCGAAAGCAAGCUGGUCGAUUGAACGAUAAUAAUGACCCGGAGCUUCAGGAUAUUGUGUUUUUGUACACACGGCCACAUGGAAUUCUUCAACGUGGGGAACGCGACGAGUUUGUGGACGCAUUGGAUCAUUUACGUGCUGUAUCGGACAAGAACUGGGUUGUUGAUGAAUGCUUGCAUCUGGUUGCCGAUGAUUCGAGCGCCAGUAUGAAGAAGAUCCUUGAUCUUGCGUGGGAUGCGUGGCUAAGUUUGAGUGAAGGCAGUGAAGUUGUCACUGAGUCGUUGCAAGUGGAUCUCCAACGAUUUUUGUACCGCCUCGAAACACUGCGACUGGUUCUGUGCGAAGAAGAGGGCGUAUCUACUACGUCCAUGGCAGGCGACCAACUCUUUGAUGGAACCACCUAUGUGCUGUUCAGAACGUCAUCUAUCUUGUCGAUAGCGAAGCAGUUCGCCCGAGAGGGGCGUGUCAGUGCGCUCACUAUUUUACUCCAUCGGCAUGGAUGGAAUCUACUCCCUCACUGGUUAAAUAUCCUUGAGUUGCUUCCGCCUUCUGUGUCGCCAUCAAUAUACGCUACGCUGCUGCCUGCAGUUCCCACGCAAAUAGAAGACGAAGGACAGUUCUGUACACUGAGCAAUUCAGAGGUGCUAGAAGGCGACGGUACCGACCUGGCCACUCCAGUUACUCUACUCCAGGAGAACCGACUGCAGGACAUUACAGACGAAGAGCUGGCCGCGUUUGAAGAGUUCUCAAGUGUGCAACGCGAAGACCGGAAUUCAGCUUAUUGCGAGUGGUUUUCAAGGAGAAUUCUCGAGUUGGACACACGGUUCGGUCAGCUUGCUUUCGCUUACGAGCUCAGCAAACUCGCAGUCAAGUGUAUGAGUGGAUGGUCUUCUUUAGAAACCAAGAAGCCAUUGGAAGAUCUCUUUCAACACACAGAAAGCCUGUACAAGUGUGUGUACCCGCUGCAUUUAUCGGCUUGCUGCUUGCUCCCAUUGAGUGAGUGGUCUGCGCUGUCGAUGCAGGAUCAAGCCAUGAUCGUGGUGGGCACUGACGAAAAGGAAUUUGCUGGAGAUAUCACGCCUAUUAUCGACCGUUUGGACGCAGUGUUCGUCUCCCAGCGCCGAGAUCGCACGUAUGCUCUGGAUGAACUCUUCUCAUGGCUGGCAAAGACCAUGUCAGCCAAGUCUUCAUUGGGAACGCUGACACUUGCAGCCCAGUUGAUCCAGUGUAGUAACCCGUCGAUCAAACUAUUAAACCGAUGGAUCCAGAGCAACGUGCGACUUAUCGAGACUGCGCUAGAUGUCGUGUACGCCGUUGACGCGUCGGAUAUCAUCGGUGAUAAAUCGCCCAAUCUGGAUGAAGAUCUUUACAUGCAGCGCCAUCUCGCCCUAGUGGAGCAGCUUUGGGCGAUUUUCCAGUCGCUUCCUGUUCGAAAGGAGAACGAUCCUCCUGAGAUCGCUCAAUUGCAAGUGGCUGUGGACGAGAUGGAAGAUCUAAUGGUGACUAUGGAUGUACUCAGCAAGUAUGGCGUAGUGUCCUCGCCUAGCAGCCUCAAGUAUCGGAUGCUAACAAGCGUAGAUGGUGUUGGGUCUCGUGGAUUGCUCGAACAAAUGUGUGAGUUUGCUCUGCCUGACGAAUAUUCAGACGACGAGGAGAAAACUGAUGGGAGUCAGUGGCUGGAGGUGCUUCAAGAUGCAGUCAAGUUGAAAGAACAUGCGUUCGGCGAGCGACUGAGCCAAGAAAUGAUCCUGGACGUCAUUUUGAAGCACCUUCUCGCACCUGAUCGAGCUUACAUUGAUGCUGCUCAAAACCUGGUGAGCCACUGGAUAGCUUCUGACGUGGAGGCUGUUGAUCAUGUUCUGGAUGCGUUGUUCAUGACGAUUCGAGCGGCGUUAGACUCCGUUACCGGAUACUCGGAGGAUGUGAGCGCUAAUAAGGUCCAUGAAGCUGCGUUGGGCUGCAUCAACAUCGUUAAACAGCUGCUAUCGCUUCCAGUGUGGGAGGGCGGAGACCGAGCAAUUGCUGGAGCUAAACAGCACUAUGAAGACAUGCUGUCACUAGAGACAGAUAGAGCACACGCUUGCGAGCUGCUGGACUUACUGACGUAUGGAGCAGUCAAAAUGUCGCCGUCACAACUUCGAGCCAACCAACCAGAGGAAGAAGAGGAGAAGGAAAGCGCGCGACUCGAUGCUGUGUGCCAAGUAUUCGUGAGUAACCCAAGCAAUUACAAACCGUCUGUGCGAGCAAGAGAGUGGUUAGCGCAGCAUCAUGUUGGCGAGGGUGAGCUCGCAGAGACUGCUGAUGUGUGGAAUGAACCUCUGGCUGCUGUGAUGCAUCUGGCCAAAUUGCUGCGUGUUGACUCGCAGAAGCUGGAAAUCUGGAUGAAAGGUGCGUACGCCGCUCUCUAUUGUAUGGACUAUGAUGUCGCGUACGACUUGACAAUGCAAGUUAUCGACGGCAUUCCGACCGAGGUGGACGCAGUCACAGCCAGUCACAGUAGCGGCAAGUUUACGCUUCUUCACUUGGUUUCAUUAGUGCUGGAUCUUGUGUCUUCAUCUUCGUUCGGAUCGUGGAGUAAGAAGCGCAAGCUGUGCUCUGCUCUAUUCAGUGCUGCCAAUGUAUCUGCGUUAGAUCUGUUCGCACAUCAAGUGACAGACUUGGUGCUAUCGUGGCUGGAGAAGAUCGAAGCCAUCCAGGCCUUAAUGAUCGAGCUAGGCUUGUCAGACAACGAUUUGGAGCAACGCCGACUAGCUGGAAACAAGACCACAAGCAGCGCUGAAACCGUACUUCUCAAUGAGCUGAAUGUGGUUGUUGACUUGCUGCAUGAAGAGAAGAACGACCGUCAAUUCCUGAUACGUUUACUGCAGCGUGGGUUCCAACUCACCCAAGUGAUGCUAAACAAUGGUGGAGAUGAGAGUCAAGUCAACAGCGAGUCUGUCUCGUCAUUCCUCCAGCAAAUGACUCAACUGUGCGUGGAAGAGGCUGUGGAGUUGACAAGUGAAUCCGGAGAUUGGGAGCAGUAUUUGGAGCUGAGUUUCAGCUACUUAAUGCUGUGGAGUGACCUCUGCAUUGACGACGAAGUGUUCGAAGCGUUUUGCAUGGAUGCAGUCCUCUCUGUAUCCAGUGAACAUGAACUCGUGGUGCGUCGCUUGCAUCACUUCUUCUUGCUCCAAGCUGCCCAUGCAAAGGAAGAUACUACAGAAGACAGUACGGAAGCCUUGCUAUCGCGCAGAAAGCGUUUCGAGACGUUGUCUUCUUCUUACGAUACGGCACGUAGAGCUGUUGGCUCUGGUGGAGUGCAAAAUGGGGCGCUGAGUGAUGUAACUGCAGCAGAGGAACUGAUAGAACACCAGUUGUUGGUGUCAGACCAACGAUACCAGAUCUACCUGAGGCUAGCUCAACGUUGCCAUGAACGGUUGAUCUCGCAGAAAAAGUCACAGGAAUUAGACCAAAUGAGCACGUUCUUCAACACCGAGUUGGAUUUGGAGCGCUUCUCGCUCGAUGAAAGCUACCGGAAUGAGAAGAUUAUGGUCCUGGCCACGAGGAAAGAACACUUUCAUCUCUCAAGGCAGUUCGCGAGCAAGUACGGUAUCGACGAGUAUGACUGCGUGUUGGCGUACAUCAAACACGCACUGCUCUUCCCAUCCGAUACCAGUCGAUUGGGUCGUCGUGAACAGCUGGACCAGGCAUUCGCUAUCGAACAGGUUGAUAUCUUAGAGGAAGCGCUGCAAAGACCGAUUGCCUUUGGAGACUUCUUACUGAAAAGAGAGACGCCAGGAGAGCCCAGCUUGUACGAGACGAUCGAUGGAACGGACCAUGUUGGUGUCUUGCUCGUGUUGCGUAUGGUGUUGGAAUGCUCUAAGCGACUUUACCAGAAGUCCACAGACUCCGUGUCGUCGUCUCUCUUCCCCUUGGCCAAGCCUUCAAUCGACCGGAUCACUCUGCUGUUCAUGUGUUUGAAGAAGGUCAAAGAUAUCGGGGAUUCACUGGACAAUGUGGAGUCGGUUGAUCUCAAGCUCAUCGGUGCAGCUUCUACAACUACUGAACUCUUGACACCGUUGUCUUCAUCACGCACGGAUACAAUUGCCAAUAGAAAGGUGGCUGUGGAAGCAGUACGUCCUUUAUUAACCGGCAAGACUAUCAAGUUUGUUACCAAGAUUUUACGCAAGCUGCACCGUGUUACUCCUAGCGCCAUGGUCAUGAUUUACAUCAACGAUCUGCUCACGGGUAUCUGGAGGGAACAUGGCAACAGUACUGGAGCAUUGUCUGCAGAUCUGGCUGUCUACGCGUACGAGUCGUGUGCGCCUUGUCUCUCAGUCCUCUCGAACGAGCACUUGAUGCUGUUUCAUUAUUUGUUCCUUGAUGGAUCAAGCGACAAGGCUCCCCCAGAGUUUGUGGCUCAUCUGAACGUCGAAGAGGAAUUCUACGGCCAGUCACUCAGUGGUCUGCAGCACUUCGGCCCACUGUUGAUACCUCAGAAACGGGUGGAGCUUGUGGCAGAUACACUCACGCUGUUCCAAACGAAGUACAAUUCGUGGCAGAAUUCCGGAUCGCAGUCAAAUGUUUCGUCAGCAUCGUCCACUUCGUCUUCGUCUUCUGCAUCGUGGGACCCCACACAGUUCAAGAGGAAGGAACAGGAACUGCACUAUCUGGAGCGUGAACUGGCAGAGAACGUGUGUUGUUUGGUGCUGAGUGAAGUCAAUCAGAGUGGCUUGGCAUUCGAUGCUGAGGCACAGACGUUGCAGUCUGUGGUAUCAAGUUUGAAGGCCUGGUAUGCAAUGGACUCUUUGCAGCAGACCGCUAACGAAGGAGUCCUUCACAGUACUGUGUUAAUGGAGCUUUGUCAACGUGUAGCCUCUGUGGAGCUUGCAAGUCUCGUCAUGGAGUUGACACUGCGGGCUAGUGGUACCAAGGCCAGUAGCGAAGUUGCGACGAAUGUGAUAGCGCAGUGCUAUCAAAAUGCUGUGGUUGAUUUAGUCCAGCGGUGUAUGGAUUCUCAUGACGAUGGAGCAAAGACUGUUCCCUGGGUGGAGCGGUUUGUAUGGUCGUGGGUUACGGAUGCAAGCGCUCCCAACAGCAGUCUAUUGACUGAGCUUGAGCACUACCUUGAAGCUACCUGCAGUGCAGGAAAGGCUAGCUCAUGUGUAGUGUACGAGCGUAUUGUAACGCUGUUAUCGCAGUCACCAUCUACACUACUGAAGGAGAUCGGAUUGAGUCGGCUUGGAGAGAUACAGACCCCAGCAGACGAGAAUGAACAGAGCUCAAGUGUCGUGGUUGGAGUGCGUGACGCAGUGCUGACUCAGUGGGAACAAUUGAUCGCUACUCGGGAAGAAAACCACAACUGGGUAGAAGCAGCAGUUCUCAGCUACGUGCUAGUAACUCGACGCACGGAUGUUGCCAAGUGGCACUUCGGGCUUCAUGUCAAGGCAGUGUGGUCUGCGCUACUGACCAAGCACAAGCUGGAUGAAAGUGAAGAUGCACUACGCAUUUUUGAAGUCCCAAGUCUCGAAAUCUCGAACCAUUUCGCUGCUGUGUUUGAAGAACUAUUAGCCUUCAUAGAAGUGUGUGCUAGCGAUGACAACCCGAAGGCUUUGAGAUUUGCGGAGAUGGCUACGGUGGCAUUGAGUAACGUACUGGUGCGUCACGAUGAGCUCCGUAGCGGAUCUGAAGGUACUGCACAACGCAGUGCUUCAGCGUGGCAGCAAGAGCAACAACGUGCAGUUCAAUCACGUGUUCAGACGCAGUUCCAAGUAGGCACAGCGAUGGAGAAGGCGUUGCUUCCUAAUGAGCAGGACGCGACGUGCUGGUCUGCUCUCUUUGCACGGGGCGUCUGGGGAUCAGGUCUAUUGAGUUGGUACGCUACUCACGCCUACGCAGAGCUCAGUAACGAAGAAGAAGUGACAGAAGCGGUCAUCUUGGUGCACUGGGAGGCCAACAACCUCGAACUCGCCAUUCAACUGCUGUUGAUGUGUCCUUUUGAUGCUCUAAGAGCGAAGCACGUCGAUCGCGCUUUGUCAGUUGUACGACAACUGCAACAAGGAUCUCGUACCUGGUCUACAGUCAUGGAGCUCACACUGCUGCGUUUCGACGUGGCUGUAUUGUUGCAGCACGGUCUACACUCGUCGAUUGUCGCUUUUGUAUUGCAAGACAGACCGUCAGCGCUCUGGACAUCCAGCGGUGCCUACGUCGUGUGUGCGCUGGUGACACAGUGCGAGUUUGCAGCUGCUGGACGUCUAACGUGCGCUCUGCGUCACGCUCAUCCGCUGCUCUGGGACGUGGAGAACGCUCGUCUAUUGCUGUCUAACUACCUCCGAUCACUCGCUACGUCGUCUGUGCAGAAGAGUACCAACUUGCAGCACGAAGUGUACGUCCAGACAACACGUCGGCUUACAGAUGCACUCCUCUAGAGCAGCAUAGACAGAGCUCGUUGUAUGUAAACCAAAUAGCAGCUCACUGUUGUAUGAAUCGGAGUCUCCUGCGUCUGUAUCAUUCUAUACGUUGAGUUUGAGCAGCUCCACCACAUGAGGGUUCCGCCA